AGCCAAUUUAGGACCAAGUCGUCCCCGCAUCAUAGCAGCGCCUGCGAUCUAUACCAUACUAAUUAUGGGUGCUGUUGUCGAGUAUCUUGGGUUGUGCGGCGGGCACGAGGGCCCAACUGGCUUGUUUUGACUCUAGUUUUACGCGGCUGGCUGCCUAAACAACCUCAACACGACGACGACGACGACGACGACGACGACGAGCUUGAUGCAGCUGCUGCCUUCAGAGCUCCCCAGGGCUCACACUGCACGCGUUUCACGCCCCUCCAGCUGUUAUAAAGUUCGAGUAGCCCCGUGAGUGAGCGGCGCGAUACAACUCUUGCGCCACUUGAAACGCCAUUCACUGCCUGUUCCCUGGCGCACUUAGCAUAGUGACAGGCAUCAUCCUACUCCCAUAGAUUACUGAAACACACCCUCUACACAAUACUUACACGCACGCCAUACAUCAUCGCCAGUCUGCAGUUAGCUCGUCAUCACACGUGCCAAAGAUGGAUGUGCGCUGCAUCGUGCCCGUCGAGCCUGCUAGCGGUCGUGGGCAAACCGUCGUGAUCGAGGUGCAACAAGAGGGCUCAAAUACACUUGAUCUCCGGCUUGUUGGCUGCGAGGGCGAAAGUCCAUACGUGACAACAAUCAAGCAACGCAAUCUUGGAAGAUUGAGGCACAAGUUCAAGGGCAGCGAUGACGAGUGGGCGACCAUUUUAUCUCAUUUCUUUCUCCAGAAACAGCCUGAAAAUGGCCAGACUGGCAUAUUGGACGGCGUACGCAUAGUGUACGCCAUCAAAAACGACAACCUUGAGCUGUCGAUCCGACAGGACGUGCAAGGCAUCAAAGUCACAUUGGGCGAGAUCAUCCUGCCUCGCGAUGAAGAAUUCGAGUUCAAUCCUUUCGACUGGGCGCAAGCAUCAGCCCAAGCACACGCCCAGACGCUGCAAGAGAUGGCAGGCUUGAAGGCGCGAUUUAGCACUGAGCAGGAUACAAUAACGAAGCUCAAUGCUCAACUGGAAGAGUUCAUCAAGACAAAGAAUGAGACAGAGACGGCGAUGCUUCAGCAGUUCAUGGAGCUACUAAACGACAAGAAGAGGAAAAUCAGGGACCAGAGUCGUCUAUUAGCCGGAGCCAAAGUCGAAAAAUCGACAGCAUCCGCCGUUCAGGCCUCGAGAACCGACCCCAAGACACGCAAAGCCGGCGCGUCACGGACGUCAAAACGGAAAGCACCCGCGCAAACAGCGGAGCCAGAUCUUGAGCCAGACCCAGACAGCGACCAAAUGGAGAUUGAUCAAGCCAAGACCGAGGAGCAAGACGACGAGGAUGCGCCUGAGCCGACUACGCCAGAUCCGUCUGACGACGAGACGGACGCAGAGGAUGAGCACGUAGCGCCGCGGACACGAGCUAAAUCAUCGGAAACUGCCCGAUCGAGCUCAGCCGCAAAGGGAUCCAAAGGUGAAGAGCCAGGAAGCGAAGGAGUGCCGCCGCCUCGAUCCCUGCCUUUUGGAAGGCUGACGACAAGAAGUAAAGACGGAGAGAAGAAGCCUCCCCCGCCUGCGGGAGACGACGAUGACGAGACGGAGGACGAGGAGCUCUAGGCCCUUUGGCGCAUUUUGACUGUGUUGGCGUAGGUGAACAAUACUUCACGUCGUAACUAGCCACCCAUGCCUUCCUACUUGUACAUAUUCAUCGUUGGCAAGAGCACCCAUUAUGGAUGAAAGAAAUUUUCUCUCACAAUUCGAACAGGCACACUCUCAGUGAAAUACAGGGAGGUCGCAACGUCUUUGAAUCAGGGGUCCUGCUGUGCAAUGUUGAGAAGAAGCGGUGAUGGCACUUGAUCGCAUUUGUCUAGAGUAUAAAACGACAAUAAGUAGGCGAUGUAUUAUAUAACCCGGUACUAAAUUUAGGAGACUUGACUUCGUAGGUGUGG